AUGUCCGACAAGAAGGAUCACAUCUAUCACAUCCCACCUCCCACCACCACUGAUGAAGCUUACCUUUUCACCUUCCAAUCCAAUUCAAAGCAGUUGCAGCGCCGGCGAUUCACCGUCCAAUGUUGUGGCAUCAUCACUGCCCUCUUCUUGCUUCACAUCGUCGUAUUUUCCGUGCUCGCACUCACCGUGUUUCGCUUCAAGGAUCCCGAUAUCCAGUUGACGUCCAUCACCAUCGACGGGGCAGGCAACCUCACCCAGAUUUUUUCAUCCUCCUCCUACAACGUCACUGUGACCAACCAGCUUGCUAUCAGUAACCGGAACUGGGGUGAGUUCAAAUUCGACGACAGCACGCUUACCUUCUCCUACUUGAACGCUGUGUUAGGGGAGGGCCAGAUUCCCGGCGGACGGGUGAAGAAGAGGAGCACGCGAAGGAUGAAGGUGACCAUGGAAGUGAGGUCGGAUCAGCUGUUGAAAGCACCAAACCUUGUGGGUUCGGAGUUUAUCAGGUUGAGCAGCUACGCCAAGUUGAACGGGAAGGUGAAGAUGUUGAAUAUGAUGAAACGAAGCAGAAGCGGCGAAAUGAAUUGCACGAUGACCAUUUAUCUGAUGACCCAGAAUGUCCAGGAAUUAAGUUGCAGUUAA